AACUGAAUCCAAUGAUUCACCGAGAUGGGCGUAGAGCCGUAAACUCCACCAAGUUUCUAUUCUCACGUGCUACAACAACAGGACCCAAGAGCCAAAACUGUUGGGCUGUUGCCCUUCGACUUCGCCUACAAGAACAACCUACUUCUAAUGCUGUCACUGUCUCUCGCAGUCUUCUCCCAACACUGACAACGUUGUUCCAAUGGCGAAGACGAUCGGAGUCUUCUCUAAAUCUCCUCUAGUUAACGUCUCUUUCUCUUCAUUUAAUCGCAGCAUCCUACCUUUAUCGAGGUUUCUCGAUCUUGGUAUUGCAAGCUGUAAAUUCAAUGAAAGAAAGAGAGACUUAACUGUCACUCCUUCCACUGUUGUUGCUGCUCUGCCAACUGUUUGUGAAAAAUCUGCUUCACGGAUAACUUCAUUUAAUGAGUUGAUUGAGUCUUUGAUUAGUCGGGUGGAUUUAUCGGAAACAGAGGCUGAAGCGUCGCUGGAAUUUUUGUUGAAUGAAGCCAAUGAGGCUUUAAUUAGUGCUUUUCUCGUGUUGCUUAGAGCCAAAGGGGAGACUUUUGAAGAGGUAAAAACUAAUCACUCUUGUUUGUUUUGAUGUA